GGCUUCUCGACCUGAAUCUCUCGCGUGACAAUGCUAUAUCUUCUGUGCCCUCUCUUUAUGUAGACAGCAGGUGAUAUCUUCGUACCAAUAGGAGAAGUCGUAAUCGGCAUAACUUGGACAAGAAAUAUUAUGGCGGACACAAAGGGAGAUAACGGGAGCUACGUAGGCAAUGGAGACGGGCCUCAUCGUCUCGAGUCUAGUAGCAUCACCACCACGGCCAAACCCUCAAGCUCCCCUCCCGAGCCUCCUUUCCAAGGCAAGCUAGAAGACGUACCAAAAGCGGACCGCGAUGGUGUCUCUGCUGUCUUUACCAAAUUCGGGCAGUUCAUUCAUACUUCGCAGAAGCCCCACCCGAGUCAGAUCAGCGAUGCAUCGUAUAGUGUGGCGACUCGGAAGACUGGGAUCAAGAAGGACCUCAAAUAUCUUCACGCAAAAGAUCUGAAGACCAUCCUGGACCUCGCUAAGAGCAAGCUUUCUGGAGAGCCGUAUGUGGAUGACAAGACCAUGAUCAUGGAGCGUGUCAUCCAGCUCGUCGCCGGGCUUCCGCACCAGUCCAAACUCAGAGAAAAGCUCACCAACAGCUUAUUGGACGAACUGUGGUACUCUCUGGACCACCCUCCCCUGCUCUAUGUCGGCGACAAGUUCCAGUACAGAAUGGCUGACGGAUCAUGGAAUAACCCCAUGAUGCCCCAGCUCGGAGCGGCCGGCUCGUCGUAUGCACGGAGCUGUCGUCCAGGUAUAAUGCCUCCAGGGGCCUUGCCUGACCCAAGCCUCAUAUUUGAGUCGGUCAUGAAGAGGACGCAGUACCGAAAGAACGCGAACAAUGUUUCGUCUGUUCUUUGGUACUGGGCGACCAUCGUCAUCCACGACCUCUUCUGGACAGAUUUGACCGACAUCAGCAAGAACAAAACUUCGUCGUACCUGGACCUCUCCCCCCUCUACGGCAGCAACCAGCAGAUGCAGGAUUCUGUCCGGACUUUCAAGGACGGGAUGCUGAAGCCCGACAGCUAUGCCGACAAGCGCCUCCUCGGCGCGCCGCCGGCUGUUAGCGUUAUCCUGAUCAUGUUUUGUCGCUUUCACAACCACGUGGCCAAAAACCUGGCCGCUAUCAAUGAGGGCGGUCGCUUCACGCCGCCGCCUCCGGAACUCGAGGGGGAGAAGGCGACCGCUGCCUGGAAGAAAUACGACAACGACCUCUUCCAAACGGCUCGACUUGUCACGUCGGGAUUGUACAUCAACAUCAUGCUAGUCGACUACGUGAGGAAUAUCGUCAACCUUAAUCGCAGCAACACCACGUGGACCCUUGACCCCCGAGCCGAGAUGGGCCGCGACGUUGGCACCGCUUCUGGGGCCGAGCGCGGCACGGGCAAUAUGGUCUCGGCAGAAUUUAACCUCUGUUACAGAUGGCACUCGUGCAUCUCCGAGAAGGAUGACAAAUGGGUCCAAGAGUUUUACCACAAGCUGUUCGGCAAGAGCCCGCUAGACCUGAGCACGAAAGACAUGGUGAUGGGGUUCGCCAAGUUCGAGCGAAGUAUCCCUGAAGACCCUGGCGAGCGGGAGUUCGGGGGUUUCAAGCGUAACCCUGACGGCACAUUCAAGGACGACGACUUAGUCGGCUGCAUCUGCGACGGGAUCGAAGAUUGUGCGGGCGCGUUCGGCGCCCGCAACGUGCCCGAGUCGAUGAAGCCCGUCGAAAUCCUAGGCAUCCUUCAGGGCCGAAAGUGGAAUAUGGCGGGUCUCAACGAAUUCCGCCGACACUUUGGCCUAAAGCCGUAUGAGACGUUCGAGGAUAUCAACUCGGACCCCGAAGUUGCCAAUUCCCUCCGUCAUCUCUACGAACACCCCGAUUUUGUUGAGCUGUAUCCGGGCAUCGUUGCCGAAGAGGCUAAGGAACCAAUGGUUCCUGGCGUUGGCAUUACUCCGACUUACACAAUCUCUCGCGUGGUCCUAUCUGACGCCGUCUGCUUGACUCGAGGAGACCGACUGUACACGACUGAUUAUCACCCGCGCUACCUCACCUCUUGGGGUUACAAUGAAGUGGCCUAUGAUCUGAAUAUCAACCAAGGCUGCGUGUUCUACAAAUUGUUCACGCGGGCCUUCCCCAACCAUUUCAAGGGUGACUCUGUCUACGCACAUUACCCUAUGUGCGUGCCGAGCGAGACGAAGAAGAUCCUGACGAAUCUUGGCCGUGCCCAUCACUUCAGUUACGAACGCCCGUCGUUCAUCUCCAACCGCGUCGAAAUAAAGACAUUCAACGGAGCACACCAUAUCCUGGAGAACCCCGAUAAAUAUAAGGUCAUCCGGAGCGAGGGAACCUCGUUCUUGAUGAAUGCCGGCGGGAGACGCUUUAAGCCGUCAGGGCAUUCCCUCUUCCCAGUCGACCAGAGAGAGCAGGCGAAUGGUGUGUCGCACACCAGCGACAGGAGUGCCCACAUCAAGGAUUUCUACUCGAAAGUCACGGACGGACUCAUCAGAGAGAAAAGCUAUAAGCUUGCCGGCAAUAAUUUUGUCGAUAUCGUUCGGGACGUCGGAAAUCUGGCGCCCGUCUACUUCGUCUCGCGCUUGUUCAACCUGCCGCUAAGGACUCCGGAGAACCCUCGGGGUAUCUACACCGACCAAGAGCUUUACGUGGUUCUCGCUGUGUUGUUCAUCAGCGUCUUCUCGGACAUCGACCCGACCAAAGAAUUCCCUACGAAGCAGGCCGCGGCCGCUGUCGCCACGCAGCUGGGAAAGCUGGUCGAGCAAAACGUGCGGUCGCUUACGAGCGUUGGGAUCAGCUGGCUGUUCGCGACCUGGCCGAAGAGGGACGACCCGGUGGCAUCAUGUGGUGGCGACUUGAUAAAGGGCCUGUCCAAGGCCGGCCUCAGCGGCUACGAUAUCACAUGGGGCCAGAUCUUACCGGCCGUAGCGGCAUCCGUGCCGAACGUCGCUGAAGCGUUUGCGCAAGCGGUCGAUUACUUCCUCUCUCCAGACGGAUCGGCGCACGUCCCCGAAUUACAUCGCGUCGCCAACCUCGCAGCCUCUCCUGAGAGCGAUAGGUUGAUGCUUGGUUACUGCAUGGAAGGCGUUAGGCUCGCGGGGGCGUUCAGCUCCCUACGCGAAGCGGUGGUAGACGACGUAAUCGAGGAAGACGGCCGAGAAGUUCCCGUCAGAGCAGGUGAUCAUGUCUUCAUCAGUUCCACCGGCGCAGCUAAGGACGCCGCGCACUUCCCCGAGCCUAGCAGGGUGAACCCGCACCGCCCGCUAGACUCGUACAUCCAUUUUGGAAUCGGGCCGCACGUGUGCCUUGGUCUUGACGCUUCGCAGUCUGGGUUGACAGAGAUGUUCCGCUCAGUAUUCAAGCUGAAGAGUGUGCGUAGAGCGCCCGGAGACCAGGGCGAGCUGAAGAAGGCUCCACAGCCGGGUAGCUUCGACACCUACAUGAGGGAGGACAGGGGAGCGUUCUUCCCAUUCCCCUGCACGAUGAAGAUAUGCUACGACGACUAGACUGGCCAGCCAGGGCCGUCACGGGUUGACCUCAGCUUGUCUGACGCGUAUUACCGCCGCAUAACCAUUCGCGCACGUAGGAACCACACCCACCUGGUGUCACAACCCGACUAGACUAUCGAUGGAAAAGGAAAGGAGGGGGGGGGGGGGGG